CGCGGUACCACUUUCCCUCCAUUUUCCCAGGAGCGCGAGAGCUUUGUUAAGUCGCAUGAUGUCAAUGGCGCCUAGCUAGGGUUCUUUCCAGCGGCCGGAGCACAGCACAGCAAAGCGAUCUGGCUGUGCGAUGGGGAUCCAGGGCCUUCUUCCGGCGCUCAAAUCCAUCACGACAUCGACGAAUGUGAAAGAGUACUCGGGCAUGAGGGUCGCUGUAGACACUUACUCGUGGCUGCACAAGGCCGCAUUUAGUUGUAGCAAGGACAUUUGCGAUGGUCGGGCGACAGCCAGCUUUCUGAACUACUGCAUGCACCGCGUGAAUCUCUUGCGACACCAUGGGAUCAAACCUUUGCUGGUUUUCGAUGGAGGCUCAUUGCCAAUGAAAGCCGAGCAAGAAGAAAAGCGCUCCAGAGCCAGGGAAGAGCAUCUAAAGCUCGCUCGUGAAUGCGAAGCAUCUGGAAAUCAUGCUGCAGCCUACGAUCACUAUCAAAAGGCAGUAGACAUUACUCCCGAAGUUGCGCACCAGCUUAUCCUGGUCCUUCGCAGAGAAAAUGUGGAAUACAUUGUCUCUCCGUAUGAAGCCGAUGCACAGAUGGCCUUUCUGGCACUGCGCGGUGUUGUUGACGCUGUAAUCACUGAAGACUCGGACCUGGUUGCGUACGGUUGUCCAAAGAUCCUUUUCAAAAUGGACAAGAAUGGUCAAGGUUUUGAGCUUCAGUAUGCUGACCUGGUGAAGAACAGGGACUUGAAUCUGACGAGUUUCACAAAGAGGAUGAUGCUGGAAAUGUGCAUCCUUAGUGGCUGCGACUACUUGCCAUCUUUGCAAGGCAUGGGAGUGAAAAGAGCUCAUAAUUUAAUCCGCAGAUUUCGAAGCUACGAGAAGGUGAUUAGACACUUGAAAUUUUCGGGUGUAAUGAUACCGAAGUCUUACGAAGAAGGCUUCAGAAAGGCAUUGCUUACUUUUUGUCAUCACCUUGUCUAUGAUCCUACGCAAGAUGAAUUGGUGCACCUUACUGAACUUCCCGCCGACUGCAGCGAAGAGGUGGAGUUUCUCGGACCAAAGCUUUCCCGAAGUCUCGUGCAGCAGAUUGUCCGAGGCGUCAUACAUCCGGAAACUCAUGCUCCACUUCAGCUUGCUGAGCCGUCACAGUCUUUAUGCGAAGAUAGAAAGCCAAUUGCAAAACAAAAAGAACAAAAGCGUCUCAACUUACCUGCGCAGAGGAAUGUGCUGACAAACUAUUUCAUUUCGAAGUCGGAGGCAUCAACACAGCAGUUCAAGGCUCCAAGAGCUUCAGACUCUCCUGAGAAAGCGGAAAUGGAAAGCGAGUCCCUUGCAGGUCCUGCGAGUUGUUUGAGCCCCAGGACACCAAAUUCGAGCCCUGACCGCCAUCAUGUUGUUCGUUUCACUUCCAACGAGGUGCAAUGUAGCUUGAAAAUAGAGGAGGAUACAGAAAUUCGUCAUGGCAACAAGAGAAUCUGCCUUGAAUAUGAGGAGGAAUCAAGCAACGACUCAGACUGUGAUAUGAGCCAAGAACAGUCUGCGAAGGUGUACUCGAUGCAGCAGCGAAGGUUUGUUGCACGGGGUAACUAUGUUGUUUCCAGGCCAUCGAACGUCAAUGACGAGAACGCAAUGCGGCAAGGAAUUAAGAAGGUUAGGAAGGCGGGAACUUCCAAGCCCUGCUCGAAGGCAAUGAGAGGUAAGAAGAGGUCUCCACCUGCGGAGGCAUCGCUUCCGAAGUUCAGCAGCAGUCUACUUGGUGUAAACAUGGAGAAAACCGCCACACUCUCUGCAAACGUCGACCAUACACAGCGAUACUCAGCCAUUGCUCAAGAGUCGAUUGAAAAGUUUGCGCAGACGAUAUCCGCGUUUGCUCAUGGUGCUCGAGUGAGCGGGCUGCGCCGACCACCGCUGAAGAGCAACUUGACAAACAUCAACAGGGAGGAAGAUGGACUAUUUAACAGGGGCCUGGUAGCUAAUUUGUGGCAGCUAUAGAAACCGAGAGUCGAACCGAGGACCACUGGUCCUAUAUAUAUAUAUAUAUAUUUCAGAGCGACGCCUCUUUUCUAGUUUUAGGGCAGCAAUGUGCAAAGCAAUGGGAGGGUACCUGAUCAAAGGCAAGGAGAACAUUGCGUCGGUGAGGCGCGCGGCAUCGUCCAACGCCUCUCCUCUCGCGGACAACGGGCAGUCGAGGAGGUGCGCAACAAUUCCAACAACCAGGCAAGCGCAAGCAGCUGGGGGCGGGUGUGACACGAGUGACCUGUGCGGCGAUGGCGUCCUUGACAUGGAUUGCUCGCAGCCGAGCAGCAGCAGUAGCAGCAGCUGCCACUGGAUGGACAAUGGGCCUGACCUGCUGAGAAAGCGAGGGCUCCAAGGCGGCGAGGCUGGUGGCCCAAGGGCAUGGAAGAGGAGGAGGGUUGCGACGCUGAACAAGAGGCGGGGCCACAGGGACGAAGAGGGUGGUGGUGGUGGGAAGCGCGCAAAGACGACGGCAACAACAAGACCACCUUGGUGGAAUGCGAGCGAGCGAGACGAGGAGCGAGCCAAGAAGAGGCAAAAGGUCGUGGACAAGAAGAGGAAGCGGUGCGAGCAAGGAGGGGAGAGCAGCAUUGGCGUCAAGGCCGGCUUUGGCGAUCCAAGUGCCGCCCAAGUCCAAAUCCAGCAGCACCGUUUUGCUCAGGCGCUGCUUUUGUAGAAAUUCGUUAUCUUGUUUUUAUAAAGUGGAGUGGAUGCUU